GUAGUUGUCCUGACUAACUCAAAUUUGGAGGAAAAAAUCCGAAUUGGAGAGAUCUGCCACAAGAACAACAUUAAAUUCAUUUCUGUUGAUUCCAGAGGACUGUUUGCGGAGCUGUUUUGCGACUUUGGAGAUAAUUUCGUGGUGAAUGAUGUGGAUGGGGAGGAGCCCAUCUCAAACAUGGUGGCAUCCAUCACUAAGGAUAAGGAGGGCGUGGUCACUUGUUUGGACGAAGCCCGCCAUGGAUACGAGGACGGGGAUCAUGUCACUUUCACUGAGAUACAGGGAAUGACUGAGCUUAAUGGGUGUAAACCAAUCAAAAUCAAAGUGCUAUGACCGUACACUUUUAGCAUUGGAGAUACAAGCAAAUUUUCCAACUAUGAAAGAGGGGGAGUUGUUUCCCAAGUCAAGACACAUAAAACAAUUCACUUUAAAUCCAUCAAGGCUGCUAUGGAUGCCCCCGAGUUCCUCAUGACAGACUUUGCUAAGUUUGACCGCCCCGGUCAGUUACACAUUGGUUUCCAGGCUCUGUAUGAAUUCCAGAAACAGAAAGGACAGCUGCCUCGUAGUCGAUACAAGGCUGAUGCUGAUGAAUUCCUUAAAGUUGUGAAGGCCUUGAAUGAGAAGUCACCAGCUAAAGCGGAUGAGCUGGACGAGAAUGUAAUGAGAGAGAUGGCUUACACCUGCCGUGGAGACUUGUGUCCAUUGGCAGCCAUUAUGGGAGGGGUGGCAGCUCAGGAGGUCAUGAAGGCCUGCUCGGGGAAGUUCCACCCAGUGUGUCAGUACAUGUACUUUGAUGCCCUGGAGUGUUUACCAGAAGACAAGGACACCUCUCUAACAGAGGAAAACUGUAAACCAACCAAUAGUCGAUAUGAUGGACAAGUAGCUGUAUUUGGGUCAGAUUUCCAGGAGAAGAUGGGAAACCUCAAAUAUUUCUUGGUGGGAGCUGGUGCCAUUGGAUGUGAAAUGUUAAAGAACUGGGCCUUGAUGGGUCUGUCUGCAGGAGAGAAUGGACAUAUAUAUGUGACAGACAUGGACAUCAUUGAGAAGUCCAACCUUAACAGACAGUUCCUGUUUAGGCCCUGGGACGUACAGAAACCUAAAUCCUCAACAGCAGCCUGUGCUGCCAAACACAUGAAUCCCUACAUAAACAUCACCUCCCAGGAAAACAGGGUGGGGCCCGAUACAGAGAACAUCUACACUGACGAUUUCUUUGAGAAGCUGGAUGGUGUGGCUAAUGCCCUCGACAAUGUGGAUGCAAGAUUGUACAUGGACAGGAGAUGUGUGUAUUACAACAAGCCCCUGCUGGAAUCAGGGACCCUGGGCACCAAGGGCAACGUACAGGUGGUCAUUCCCAAACUGACCGAGUCUUACUCCUCCUCGCAGGACCCUCCCGAGAAAUCCAUUCCUAUCUGUACCCUCAAGAACUUCCCCAACGCCAUCGAACACACACUACAGUGGGCCAGAGACCAGUUUGAGGGACUGUUCAUCCAGCCAGUAGAGGGCGCCCUUCAAUAUGCCACAGAUCCUAAAUUCCUGGAGAGGACUGCCAAACUCCCAGGCACACAGCCAGUGGAGACACUACAAGGAAUUAAGAAGGCCAUCGUUGACGAGAGACCAACCAGUUUCCAGGACUGCGUGACUUUUGCCAGGAAUCUGUUCCAGGAGAACUAUAAUAACAACAUUCGUCAGCUUCUGUUCAACUUCCCUCCUGAUCAGGUCACAAGUUCCGGAGCUCCAUUUUGGUCUGGUCCAAAAAGAUGUCCGCAUCCACUGGAGUUUGAUGUAAAUAAUACCACCCAUUUCGACUAUGUUAUGUCUGUAGCUAAUCUCAGGGCUCAAAUGUAUGGCAUCAAACAAGUUCGGGAUCCAAAGGCUAUCUGUGAUAUGGUGUCAAAGGUCAAAGUGCCCGAGUUUAAACCUAGGUCAGGGAUAAAGAUUGAAGUGACUGAUGCUGAAAUGGAAAGAAACCAAGGAAACCUAGAUGUUGAUGCUGUGGAAAAUCUACAAAAGGACUUACCCCCUGUGGAGAAAGUAAAGGCCAUGAAAUUAGUUCCUAUCGAGUUUGAGAAAGAUGAUGAUACUAAUUUCCACAUGGACUUUAUUGUGGCUGCUUCCAAUUUGAGAGCCGCCGAGAACGAUGAAAUUCCACCAGCAGAUCGACACAAGAGUAAGUUGAUUGCUGGAAAGAUCAUCCCAGCCAUUGCUACCACCACAGCACUCAUCACAGGCCUAGUGGCUGUAGAACUCAUCAAGCUUGUACAAGGACCUAAUAAAUUAGAAAGCUACAAGAAUGGAUUUGUAAAUCUGGCCUUGCCCUUCUUUGCUUUCUCAGAACCAAUAGCAGCACCCAAGAACAAGUAUUAUGACACUUACUUCACAUUAUGGGACCGAUUUGAAGUUCAAGGAGAGAUGACACUACAGGAAUUUUUAGAUUAUUUCCAGAAAGAAUACAAACUGGAGAUCACCAUGUUAUCACAAGGCGUGUCCAUGUUGUAUUCAUUCUUCAUGCCCCCCGCCAAACGACAGGAGCGAUUGGGACUACCAUUAUCAGAAGUAGUUAAAAGAGUCUCCAAGAAGAAGAUUCCUAGUCACGUAAAAGCUUUAGUGCUGGAGCUGUGCUGUAACGAUACGGAGGGAGAGGAUGUAGAAGUUCCGUACGUUAAAUACAAUCUACCACAGUCGUAAUGUAAACACUGCCCUAGAGACCGCAAUAGGUACCCCCACGAGUGGUGACCAGACACUGGACAUUCUCAUAUUGAGAGACUUAUCAACAAACAAACAGUCGGACAAACGGAUGACUGAUGCACAGUCAGUGAAGUGCAAUGAACAUAAUUACAAAGAUUUUUCUUCUUUUUGACUGUUGUAUAUUUGUAUUUCUGAAUGAUGUAAUAUUAACUUGUGGACUUAUGUAAAGGAAAACAAACAAUAAUUUGAUUGUUUUACUAUAGUAUUCUCUGUACACAGACAGG